AGCAUGGAGUAGUGUAAUGUACAGAGAUCUGAAACCCUACUAAGUAAACAGGAUAAGGUCAUGACCAGUAAAGGGCUUAGUACUGAUGAGUAUCUCCUGGAGAAAAUCAUUUCGAUGAUUGAGAAUCAGAGAGGAGACGAAGCAUUUUACAUGCUGGAUCUAGGCGUCGUCAUCGACCUCAUGGACACCUGGAAACGUAACCUUCCGAUGGUCCAACCCUUCUACGCUGUUAAGUGCAAUCCACACCCGGAUCUCAUUAAUACCUUAGUGGCUCGAGGCUCCAAUUUUGACUGUGCAAGUCGGUCUGAAAUUGAGUCAAUUUUGGCUCUUGGAGUUUCACCGGAUCGCAUCAUAUAUGCUAAUCCUUGUAAAGCUAACUCUCACAUCAAGUACGCUGCCCAAGUUGGCGUCAAUGUAACCACUUUCGACUCAGUAGAUGAGAUUGAUAAGAUUCGCAAAUUUCACCCAAAAUGUUCUUUACUAAUUCGCAUCAAAGCUCCGGACGAGAGCGGGUGUAUGUGGCCAACGAGUUCCAAGUUUGGUGCUCUUCCUGAAGAAGUGACCCCGCUUCUUCAAUCCGCUCAAAUUGCAGGACUCAAAGUUUCUGGGGUGUCAUUUCACAUAGGAAGUAAGUCCCACAAUCCUCAAGCAUACAGACUAGCCAUAAAGGCAGCUAAGGCAGUUUUUCAGGAGGCCGUAAGGCUUUGCAUGCCUCCCAUGCAUGUGUUGAACAUUGGCGGUGGCUUUGUGUCUGAUACAUUGUGCUUUGAAGCUGCGGCAACUGCCGUGAAAGCAGCCGUCAUCAAGUAUUUCUCGGAGGAGGAGCAACGCAACUUAAAAGUGAUGGCUGAGCCAGGUCGGUUCUUUGCCGAGACGGCUUUCACGCUUGCAACCAACAUUAUAGGGAAGCGCGUGAGAGGGAAGGUAAGACAAUACUGGAUCAACGAAGGGUUUUAUGGUUCGAUAAUGCGUGCAGACCGAACGAGCCUAAUUGAAUCAUGCAUUUUCUUGAAAUGGAUAUCCAGUGACAUUAGUAACGACAAUGAGAAGAACUCAACCCUAAUUAUAUGUGGCAAAGGUAAUGGAGGGGUUGGAGGCGGUGCUCAAACUUACAGUUCGACUGUGUUUGGUCCAACGUGCGAUCCGGUCGAUAAAGUAUUGGACGAUCACCAACUACCUGAACUAGAUGUGAAUGAUUGGUUGGUGUUUCGCAACAUGGGAGCUUAUACGUCGUCGUGUAGCAACAACUUCAAUGGUUUUGGCUCCGCCAAGAUCACCUACAUCACGAACUGA